AUGUUGGUGCUAUUUGAGACACCCGCAGGAUAUGCUUUGUUCAAGUUGUUGGACGAAAAGAAAUUGGAAAAUGUGGAUAAUAUUUGGAAUGAGUGCUCAACACCAGAAAAGGCGCAAAGGAUGUUGCAGUUAAUUUCUUUCAAAAAGUUCAAGGAUACGGCAGAAGCAGUAGAAAAUGCUACUCGUCUGGCGGAAGGGAAGUUAACUAAGGCACUGAAAAAAGCUCUGAAGGGAAAAUUACACGAAGGUGAAGAACUUGCUGUUGGUGAGGUGAAGUUGGGAAAUAUGAUCAAAGAAAAAUUCGAUGUAUCUUGUGUUUAUAAUACAGCGACUCAGGAACUUAUGCGUAGUAUUCGUGCAAACUUGGACAGUUUAUUAAAUGAACACAAACAAGAGCUACACUCUAUGAAUCUCGCUGUGGCUCAUUCGUUGGGUCGUUAUAAAGUUAAAUUUAAUCCCGAGAAAAUUGAUACGAUGAUUGUGCAGGCAGUGUCUUUACUUGAUGAUCUCGAUAAAGAAAUUAACAAUUACGUGAUGAGAUGUCGAGAGUGGUACGGUUGGCAUUUUCCAGAAUUGAGUAAAAUAAUUCAAGAGCACCAGACGUAUAUAAAGACUGUGAAAACUAUGGGAAUGAGAUCAAAUGCUACAAAUUGUGAUUUAUCUGAUAUAUUGCCACCAGAGUUGGAAGCACGUGUUAAACAGGAAGCAGAAAUUAGUAUGGGAACCGAUAUAUCCGAGUCAGAUACUUUGCACAUAAAAGGAUUAUGCGAACAGAUUAUUGAAUUGACAAAUUAUCGUUCCGAGUUGGCAGAUUACUUGAAGAAUCGAAUGAUGGUGCUUGCACCGAAUCUUACUAUUUUACUUGGUGAAUUGGUUGGUGCCAGGUUAAUUUCUCAUGCCGGAUCACUGGUGAGUCUUGCGAAAUACCCAGCAUCGACAGUGCAAAUACUGGGAGCAGAAAAAGCACUUUUUCGAGCGCUGAAAACGAAACGAGAUACUCCUAAAUACGGCCUCAUUUACCAUGCCCAUCUUAUUGGUCAAGCUAAUAUAAAAAUCAAGGGCAAGGUAGCUCGUAAAUUGGCAGCAAAAGUAUCGCUAGCAACUCGAAUCGAUGCACUUGCGGAUGAGUCAUUGGGAACUGAGCCUGGAGAAAAAAGUCGAGCUUAUAUUGAAACAUUUAUUAGAAUGGAGCAGGAACGAGGACCAAAGAGAAUAACAGGGAAACCUACUCAACAUGACAGUUAUACAUAUAAAAGCACCACAAGUCGAUACGAUUCUAGUGCUGACGCAACAGUAAAAAGUUCUAAGAAACGGAAAUUUUCUGAAGGCAGCGAUGGUGGUACUGAUAAAGGUUCUGAUACUAUAAAUGAGACUGGAAAUGAACAGAAUAAAGAUGGCCCACCACACAAGAAAUACAAGAAAAAAAAGAUAAAGGAAGAAGCUGAUGAUAGAAGUUAUUAG